AUGCAAGCAGUCAGCGAUACGAUCCAAUCUGUGACUGAGAAAGUAGUGGGUCCAACUAAAGUCGCAGGACCUGAGGACUGGUUGAAUUCGGAAGAGGUAGAAGUUGCCGUACCAGAUGAAGAUGAGAAGAUAUUGAGAGUAGGAGAACUGGUACAUGAUAUGCAAAGACAUAAUUUCGAUGCUCAUCAACAUAAAUUUAGAGGAACUCAUGUGAAAUCACUCGCUUUCGUCAAAGGUUCAUUAAAGAUUAAAGAAGAUAUUCCAACUUACCUUAGACAUGGACUAUUCUCAACCCCUGGAAUGAAAUACGAUGUGAUAGGCAGAUAUGCUAAUGAACCUUCAUUCAUACUACCUGAUAAUACAUCUGCACCACGUGGAUUCAGUAUGAAAGUAUUUGAUGUUCAUGGAGAAAGAUUAUCUUCAACUUCAGAUGGAUCAAUGAAUGAAGGAACACAAGAUUUCUUAUUCAAUAAUGCACCAAUCGUAGAAUUAACUGAUUUAGAUACAACGAUUGAAAUAUUCGAAUUGAGAACGAAAUAUUUCGAUAAUCCAACUCAAUUGAAGAUUGAAUUAGCUAAAAGAAGUGAUAGAUUGAAACAAUUCGCUCCUGAUAUGUUACCCAAUGAAUACGUCGUUGGAUCUACUUUCUAUUCUCAAUCAUCAUUCAAAUUCGGUCCUUACGCAUGCAAAUUCUCUUUACUACCUAUAUCAUCAACUCAAGAAGAAUUCAUUAAUCAAACUAUACCUAAAGAUGCUGAUACGACAUUUCAUCGUGAUCACUUGCGAUCAUUUUAUUCCACUAAGUCAACUGAAUAUACACUUCGAGCGCAAUUCUGCUCAGAUCUCAAGAAUCAACCAGUCGAAGACGCUUCUGUAGAAUGGAAAGAAUCAUAUGCACCAUGGUAUGAUCUAGCCACUUUGAGUUUCCCACCGCAGGAUACUUUCAGUGAUGCUAGACGAGUUUGGUGGGAAGAUAGAAUAGGUUUAAGUCCCUGGGACGGAUUGAAAGAUCACAGACCACUAGGAAGUAUUAAUAGAUUAAGACAUAAAGCAUAUGAGAUGAGUAGAGCUUUUAGAAGCAAAGGUAAUCAAACUGAAGUUUACCUACCUCUCAAGGUCCAGGAUAUGCCAGAGUAG